CCUUUGCUCAUAGAGGUACUUUUAUUUCCCAUAAGAUGAUCCACACAGGUGAGAAGCCAUAUAAAUACAUGGAGUGUGGCAAGACAUUUACUCGUGGCAGUGGCCUUAGAAGCCACAAAAAUGUCCAUACAGGAGAGAAGCCAUUUAAAUACAUGGAGUGUGGCAAGACAUUUACUCGUGGCAGUGGCCUUAGAAGCCACAAAAAUGUUCAUACAGGAGAGAAGCUAUUUAAAUGCAUGGAAUGUGGAAAGACCUUUUCUCGAAAACAUAAUCUCAUUUCCCAUAAGAUGAUUCAACAUCCCAUAAGUUGAUAGAACGAAAUCAAUUUCUUUGUAAUAAUUUUUAUAAUGACUUUGGUUUGGUUUGGUUUGGUUAUUGGAUUUAUAUGCUGCCCUUCUCCAAGGA